UUCGGACUUUUUCGGCGAAUGGUAGGUGCGCGUUGCUGUUCUCUCUAUCCCACUUUAGUGACUUUGUCACAGACUUGAGAAGUUACAGCACUUUUUCUUCAUUUUGUCUUUCUGUGUUCUUUGCCGGUUCCGCAACAAUGUUGAAUUAAUGCACGAUGACGUUCUGUAAAUAUGAAUUAUAGAAUGGAGCCGCAGUGACAGUGAGAAUAUAUAGACGAAUAUCCAUGCGUCUUUAAUGAGUGACACAUAAUAGCGUGUAUUGGCUUGAUGACACUUGAGAGUCCGAGUGUACUGUUUCAUAGUAAGAACGAAGAUCAGUGAAAUAACAAUCGUUUAAUCAGACAGGGAACAUCUACGUGGUAUCGUAGGAUGACCGAUCCGAAAAUCGAGAUGCAUUACACACCACCGAGCUCGGACACCAUUCAAACUAAACCUUUCCCUAUUCGUGGUGAACGGGCUAACUUUGUAAAUAAGCCCCAUGUGAUCGCUAUGGUGGGGCUACCGGCCCGUGGAAAGACGUAUAUAUCAAAGAAGCUCUGCAGAUACCUAAAUUGGAUCGGCAUUAUCACAAAAGUGUUCAAUCUAGGGGAGUAUAGGCGACACGCGACUACUGCCUAUCAGUGCCACGAAUUCUUUCGUCCGGACAAUAUCAAGGCGAUGGCGAUACGUACCCAGUGCGCAAUGGACGCACUCAAGGAUGUCUGUCAAUGGUUGGAGAGUGGGGACGGCGAGGUAGCCGUAUUCGACGCCACUAACUCCACCGUAGAGAGACGCCAACUGAUCAGGGACAUUGUUGUUGAAAAGAUGGGCUUCAAGCUCUUCUUCGUAGAAUCUGUGUGCAAUGAUCCUGAUAUCGUUGAGCAGAAUAUCAUGGAAGUAAAAGUGAGUAGUCCGGAUUAUGCGAACAUGAAUAAGGAAGAGGUGUUGGCAGAUUUCAUGUUGCGAAUCGAGCACUAUCAAGAGAAGUAUCAGCCACUGGACGAAUAUCAAGAAAGCGAUCUAUCCUUCAUGAAGAUUUACAACACCGGCGAGAAAGUGCUAGUUCAUAAGCACGAGGGUCACAUACAAAGUAGGAUAGUUUAUUACCUUAUGAACAUCCAUAUAGUGCCACGUACGAUCUAUUUAACUAGGCAUGGCGAAAGCGUGAUGAAUCUCGAAAGUAAGAUAGGCGGGGACUCAGUGUUGAGCGAAAGAGGCUGGGAGUAUGCCAAAGCAUUGGCUAGCUACAUCACUAGCCAGGAUAUUCAGGGAUUACGAGUGUGGACUAGUUGGUUAAAGAGGACCAUACAAACAGCAAACGACGUAAAUGUGCCUCAGGAAAGGUGGAAAGCGCUAAACGAGAUCGACGCGGGUAUCUGUGAUGAAAUGACUUACGAGGAGAUUGCGGAAAAAUAUCCGACAGAUUUUGCCGCACGAGAUCAGAAUAAAUUCUCAUAUCGUUAUCCAAGAGGAGAAAGUUACGAAGAUUUGGUCGCACGAUUGGAACCGGUGAUAAUGGAGCUAGAACGACAGGGUAAUGUUCUCGUUGUCAGCCACCAAGCGGUUCUGCGAUGUCUACUUGCUUAUUUCUUAGACAAAAGUGCGGACGAAUUACCAUAUUUGCAAGUGCCACUACAUACGAUUAUUAAACUAACGCCUGUCGCCUACGGUUGUAAGGUGGAACACAUUCGAUUACCAAUUGAGGCAGUGGACACGCAUCGACCGAAACCAAAGAUCCCAGGAUAUCUAGAAGAACGAUUCCGAAGGAAAGGAAAAUUGCCUCGCACGUGAUAACAACGACGUUUGUAGCACGACAGAGCUAAUUCUUACAAUCGUAACGAGGUGCUGAAGACACGCAUACUUUUUGGCAGCUGGCUGCCUUUGCACGUCCGAUGCAACGUGCAUCCAAUUUACUUCCUACCUUAAAGGAAAAAAAGAACAAAAAAAAUAGUUUAGACAAGAUAUAAUCUGACAGGAUUUGACACUGUGUAUCCUAUGCGAGUUAUAUACAUGACCGAGGAUUUCUUUCUUUGAUUUUGUAACAAAAUACAUGCCGUAUGCGAAUGUAGCGUGACACUGCAUA